CACCAGCAAAGAGAAAGACGUUGUGAAUCACUCCGGGAAAAUAAUACAAAUUGAUCAACUGCGUUCAGAAGAAACGUGUCUUCUAUUCUCGGGAAUCAUGAGUAAACCGUAAACGAGCGCGAUCAUCGCUCCUCACGACCGCAUUCGUCUGUUUUACACGGAUUUUACAGCCGAUAUCACGAGUGUCAGUCACCCAUGAGAACUGUCGCGAAGUGUUUCUGUGAUUGUGCGAGUCCGCUCUGAUCUUCAGGGAUGUGCCAUGGCAUCGGUUCGGGUGGCAGUGCGGGUCCGGCCCAUGAACAGACGGGAGAAAGACCUGUCUGCCAAAAGCAUCAUCGAAAUGGAGGGAAACAAGACUUCCAUCACCAAUGUAAAAAUACCGGAUGGUGUGACUGGAGAUUCCGUGAGAGAGAGAACGAAGACGUUUACGUACGAUUUUUCCUACGACUCCUCGGACGGUAAAAGUGCCAGUUUUGUCUCGCAGGAGAAGGUGUUUAAGGAUCUGGGCACAGAUGUUUUGAAGGCAGCUUUUGAAGGAUAUAACGCCUGCAUCUUCGCCUACGGCCAGACCGGGUCGGGGAAGUCACACACUAUGAUGGGCAUACCUGGUGAUGUUGGGCUAAUUCCGCGAAUUUGUGAAGGAUUAUUCAGCCGGAUUUCAGGCAUGACUCGAAGAGAUGAGGCUUCUUUCCGCACAGAGGUCAGUUACCUGGAGAUUUACAAUGAACGAGUACGUGACUUGUUAAGGAGAAAGAUGGCAAAGACGUAUAACCUCAGAGUGAGAGAGCAUCCAAAAGAAGGGCCCUAUGUGGAAGACCUAUCGAAGCACCUCGUGCAGAACUUCAGUGACGUGGAAGAGCUGAUGGAGGCGGGGAACAUUAACCGCACCACGGCCAGCACGGGCAUGAACGACGCCAGCAGCCGCUCGCACGCCAUCUUCACCAUUAACUUCACACAGGCCAAGUUUGAUGCUGAGAUGCCGAGCGAGACAGUUAGUAAGAUUCAUCUAGUGGACUUGGCAGGAAGUGAGCGGGCCGAUGCUACAGGUGCCACUGGGGUCCGACUUAAAGAGGGCGGCAAUAUCAACAAAUCACUGGUCACUUUGGGCAACGUCAUCUCAGCAUUAGCUGAUCUGUCACAGGAAGGAUUAAACAGUCAUCUGAAGAAGAAGCAAGUGUUUGUUCCAUACAGAGAUUCGGUGCUCACCUGGCUCCUGAAAGACAGUCUGGGCGGAAACUCCAAAACCAUCAUGAUCGCAACCAUUUCACCCGCAGAUGUGAACUACGGCGAGACGCUGAGCACGUUACGCUACGCCAACCGAGCCAAAAACAUCAUCAACAAACCUACCAUUAAUGAAGAGUCUAAUGUUAGACUCAUCCGAGAACUCCGGGCCGAGAUCGCUCGACUUAAAGCUCUGCUCGCACAGGGAAAUCAGAUUGCACUUUUGGAUUCCCCCACGGCGUUAAGUAUGGAGGAAGAACUACAUCAUAAUGAAGCCAGGGUUUUAGAGCUGACCAAGGAAUGGACGAACAAAUGGAAUGAAACUCAGAACAUCCUCAAGGAAGAAACUCUGGCUCUGAGGAAGGAGGGAAUCGGAGUGAUCUUAGACUCAGAACUGCCUCAUCUCAUUGGUAUCGAUGAUGAUCUACUCAGUACCGGCAUCAUUUUGUAUCAUUUGAAGGAGGGAAGGACAUAUGUUGGUCGUGAUGAUGCUACCAAUGAGCAGGACAUUAUUCUUCAUGGUAUGGGUCUGGAAAGUGAACAUUGUUUGAUAGAGAAUCAGAAUGGCAGGGUGACUCUCAUCCCUCUGAAUGAUGCUCAGUGUUCAGUCAACGGAGUUCAGGUCACAGAGCCCUGCCAGCUAAACCAAGGAGCUGUUAUUCUGCUCGGCAGAACCAAUAUGUUUAGAUUCAACCAUCCCAAAGAGGCGGCAAAAUUACGAGAGAAACGAAAGAGUGGCCUCCUGACAAGUCUGAGUUUAUCUAUGAGUGACCUCUCCAAAUCCUGUGAAAACCUCUCCACAGUCAUGUUGUAUAACCCCGGUCUCUUCACUGAAAAGGGACCCAUCUUUCUCAGACUGGAGUUCGAGAGACAACAAAGGGAGGAACUGGAAAAACUUGAAACUAAAAGGCGGCUGAUAAAGGAGAUGGAGGAGAAGCAGAAGAGUGAGAAGGCGGAGCUUGAGCGCAUGCAGCAGGAUGUGGAGUCUCAGAGGAAGGAGUCUCAGCAGGUGCAGCUGCGCAUACGCAGGCAGGAGGAGAGUCUGCGCAGACGCAGUCAGGAUAUCGAAAGCAGACUCAGAGACUUGAUCGCUGAGAAAGAAAAAUUCCAGGAGGAAAGACACAGGGACCAGAAAGAACAGGAGGAGCAGAAACAAAAAAGACAUCAGCUACAGCACGAGCAGCUGGAGGAGGAGGUGCGGAAGGGAGAUGAGAAAGCUCAGGCCCAACGAGAGCGAGCAGAACAGACUGAGCUCUUUCGUGAGCUGGAACGCCUCAAAAGAGAAAGAGAGAACCAGGCUGUCAAACUCCAGCUAGAGCGCAGACGUCUGGAGGAGCGAGAGAAGGAGCAGCUGAGCCUGGUCGGGCGUCUGGAGGAGCAGCUGAGGGAGCGCAGCGAGGAGGCGGCCGCCCUACUCACGCCGGACGAGGUGCAUCAUCUGGAGGAGGAGAGACGGACGCUCGGUGAGCUCAGGGAAGAGCUGCUCCGUGCGAAAGAGGCGCGGAUCGACGGAGAGGAUGAGGGAGGGGAGGAGGCGCGGAGGAGAGUGCAGGAGCGAUACGAGCAGUUCAAGCAGGUGCAGGUGGAGGAGCUGAGUUUGCUGGAGGAGUCGCUGGUCGAGCAGAGGGACAGGCUGGAGCGAGAGGUGGACAGCGAACGGACGUCGCUCGGCCUGCUGCUCCACACGCACGGGGACAAACAAAGACAGGUCCAUGACAUGAUGGAGCGUGGCUUGCAGGACGUCUCGUCUCUGAGUCAGGAGGAGGUUCUCGUCCAGCAAGCUGAACACAGGCUGCAGCAGAAAGAGAAACAGUUGAUCUCUCUGCGUGAGAAGCAUCUCCCUGCUGUGUCUGAGGAGCGCCAGAGAGCCAUCGAGCUGCUAGAGAGGGUGAGAGGAGGAACAGGGUCUCCUGGGUCUGACACCAGUCCAGAGGAAAUGGACAAGGACCUAGAUGAGAUGCUGUAUCAGGUAGAGAAGGAGCUAGAGGAGAAGGAGGAGCGCUUGUCUCAGUACAGCGCCAGCACAGAACAGUUGCAACAGCUGCAGCAGACAUACGAGUUCACGGCGAACGUGGCCCGUCAGGAAGAGAAGGUUCGGCGGAAAGAGAAGGAGAUCCUGGAGUGGAGGGAGAAACAGCAGCGGGAGGCUUUAGAGCAGGCAGUCGCGCGUCUGGAAAAAAGACACUCCACCUACCGCAGAAGCCUCAGCCUUGAACCUGAAGCCGAAGGACCCCGCAGGAGGUCACAGUCUGCACUGGGACAAAGCACUUUCAGGACGUCAGGAACACAAGACCUGGACCAGGAGAGGAUGGAGAGAGAGAUCGCACAGCUAAAGCAGAGGAUCAGCGAGUGCGAAGGAAGUGGGCGGAGUCUAAACGUGAGCAGCGAAGAGAAAAAUGUGAACCAAUCGCCCGUCAGCCCCAUACAGACUCUUCCCGUUGUACUGUCACUAGGUGACGAGAGGGUAAACGCUCUUAUUGAAGAAGAGGUCCAGCGGAGGCUACAGAAACUAAACCUGCUAAAUAGAGAGAAUAACAACACUCUCUCAUUGUCUUCAGACUCACUACAGGACGAGGAUCAGGAUAGUGAGGGUAGCUCUGUUAGAUUGACGGAUGAGGACAAUGAUAAAAAACUAAUCGACCCACGCAAACUGAAAUACAAGCGGCAGGUGUCGAAACCUCUGGAUCCGAGUCCAGACAGUCUUAAAAAUCCAGUGAAGAUCAGCAUUCCCCGUUACGUCCUGUGUGGACAGGGCAAAGAUGAGCACUUUGAGUUUGAAAUCAAGAUCACAGUUUUGGAAGAAACUUGGACGGUGUUUAGAAGAUACAGUCGUUUUCGGGAGAUGCACAAAUGUCUGAAAUUGAAAUAUCCCGAGCUUGCGGCUUUGGAUUUUCCUCCCAAAAAGAUAUUUGGAAACAGAGAUGAGAGAAUGGUCGCAGAACGGCGGAAUCAGUUAGAGCAAUACCUGCGGAACUUUUUCCAUGUGAUGAUGUCACCGUCCUCGUCUUCUCCUCUCAGGACAGAAGAGUCUGGACUGCAACUUUCGAAACAUGCGGUGUGCAGCAUCUCACUUUUCUUUAAGAAAGGUGUUUUUGACUACAGCAGCCACGGAACAGGCUGACACACAAGACUCAAAUGAAACGCAGACACUGUCAUUGAAAUGGACUUCGAGUAGCUUUCUAAAAUAUGCACAUUUCAUGAAAUUCAUAUAAGCGCAAAAUCAAAAGAAAUGUUUUCUUUAUUUUGCUAAGAUUUGAAGAUACGAAGCAUGUCUUUGUUUUUGCACUACAGUAAUAAUAUAGUAGUAAUUCUUUUGAUUUCGGAGUUAAUGAUGCUCAUGAGCUCACUCAGGAAAGCUGAACAUUAUAACUUGAAAGAGAGGGAGCAGGAAAAAGUUUAAAGUAUAUGUUAAAAGUUUUGUAGUGCCUUGUAGGCAGUAACUGAGAUUUACAUGUUUCUAAGAAUGAGAAAUGUGGAUUUUUGACAACAGACUGCUGCCAUAACCUGCUCCAAACAUCUUAAGUUUACACAGGACCAUGGGGUCUGUAACUAAGCAAAUAACGUCUUUUAGCUGCUAUUUGCUUUUUGUAGUUCACCAUGUUCAUACACAGUUGCUUUUCUAUGGAUUCAAAAACAGCUAAAGUUAUGCUUUCUAUUCUGGCCUCUGAUUGGUUGACUUGAGUAUAAAAACUGUACAGUGAUUGUAGGAACCGUUCACGCGAAAACUCAAUUUUGUAACUUAUUAUUUACUCCCUUGUCAUUUCAUGACAGUUUGGAAUGGGUAAAUAAUGACAGAACUUUCAUUUUGGUAACCUAACUGCUUGUGUUGUGUAUUUACUGUAUAAUCCUCAUGUUUUAUAACCACUAAGAGGUCAAAGCUCAAAGGGAUGAACUCUAAUGGUACAUGUACUGCAAGCUAACGUCGUCCAGAAACAACAGAUGUCACCA